CCUGGGAAGGAGCAGCCCGACAUGGCUCUCCGCCUGGCCGCCUCGCAGCCCCCGCCGCCGCCGCCCGCCGCCCCCCUCGGCCGCCCGCCCGCCGCCCGCAGCUGAGCGGGAGCGGAGCGGAGCGGAGGCAGGGCGGAGCGGGCCGGGGGGGCCGGGACGCGGCGGCCUGGCCCGCGGCGGGGAGGGGGCCGCGGCGCUGCCCGCCCCGCAUGAGGCGGGGGGGGGCCGCUCCCACCCGCCCCGCUCGCUCCCCGCCGCCGCCGCCCUGCGCGCAGGGCCCCAGCGGAGCCCCCUCCGCCGCCGCCGCGGCCCCGCGCCCUGCCCCGAUGAUGGACAGGAACUACCCGCCGACCCCCAGCUUCGCCGACCCCCUGGCCCCGGCCGCCGCGCAGCCCGCCGCCGCCUGGGCCUACGAGCGGGGCGCCGGCAGCCUCAAGCCCAGCUUAAGCUAUGGAGGAGGACAUCCAUCACAUUCAGAAACAGAUCUUCUUCACAGACAGACAUACACAGCUUCUCAUCAGCUUCCUGGAUACUCUACUACACACCAUCCUACUGGUCUGUCAGGAAUAUUUGAUACCAGUAUGCACACCUCUGGAAGUAACACUAAGGAAACUUCAGUUAUGAAUUUUCUCUCUGCGAUCGAGUCUCGUACCGCUCAGGCAGUCUCUUCAGGAUCUACCCUUUUGCCACAAUUCAGGGCUCCUUCCUGGCAGACAGGUAUGCAUUCCUCAACAGCCACAGAACUAUUCGUUACUGGAGCAUUGCCAACCUCUGGAACGUUUCCACCAACAUCUGCUUUAUCAGCAUAUCAGCAUCCCAACACUUUCAGCAGUAGAAACUUUGCUACUACCCCUUCUCUUACUCUUCAAGAUACUACUUUCAGUGCUACAUCAAAUGGCCUCUUAACUACUCAUGAUCCUUUAUUACAGAUUAAAACGUCACAAGGCACUGUUCCAACUGCUUUGACAUUUGAGCGCCUCGGCAGUUCUGUUUUGAGUACCAGUAUACCACCUCAGUCGUCAACAUAUCGUUCUGCUCAAGAAUCUGCACCCCAUCUUUUGCAACCUCAGUUUAGUUUGUUGCCUUCAACCAUUGGAGGAACUCAGCAGGUUUCUCAGGCGUAUAGCACAUCUGUCUUUACUGGUUCCACUGCUUCUAUUGAUAGAGCACUUCAGCGAGAAUGUAGUGUUAUUAAACACCAUCAGCGGCCUUCAAGUACUCAGUCUGUUCAGGCUCAACUGACUGUUUCACAGCAUUCCUUACACAGCUAUUUAACGAGUACAAGUGGAGUUAAUUUUCAGGAUACAUCUAGGCACUCAGCAUUAUCCUGCAGUCCGGUUGGAGAUGUUACUCAGGUGAGCAAUGGAGGACCACAGCAGAAGACUUCCCAAGUCACAGUGGAACUUGCUCAGUCUUACACAUCUGCAAUUCCAUCACUUGGUUUUCCACCUGCUUCCACAGCAAAAGUGAAAAACUGUUCCACGAAGCAGCCUCCAAGGUCAACGAAGACCCCCAAACCUCAAAGUGUAGCUCCCACUGUGCAGACACAAAGCUAUGCCAAAACUGCACAAAACCAGAGUUCUGUCAUUACAGGCCAAGCACAGAUCUAUUCUACAGCACAGCUCCCAAGUCUCUUGUCAGUCAGCCAGUCCCAAAAUUAUGUUUCUUCCCAGUCUCAGAAUGUGUCACCCGUCAGUCACUCACAGGAUUUCUCAUCUAGCAAGAUCGAGAAGCUGCCCUCCUUGUACAAAACGUUGACUUUUUCUGGGCAAUCGCAAACUAUUACUUCUGAUAGUCAAACUCUAAGUUACUCCUCAGACGAACAAGUACUGACUUCAGUUCCAAAUGAGAACUACUCUGGGCAAACAAGGGAACUUUCUUCAGUCAGCCAAUCUCAGAGCUACUCUUCUAGUCACUCUCAGGGUUUAUCUCCAGUUAGCCAAUCCCAAGUUAGCUUUUCAUCUCAAUCACAAGUUUUAUCAGCUGUUAGUCCUUCAGAAAGCUAUUCUUCAGGGCAGUCUUUAACGUUAACAUCGCCUUCUCUUCCUUUUUCUGCGUCUCCUCGGAUACAGACUCUUCCGGGCUCAAGUCCUAAUCAGAGUUAUAUUUCUUUACAUUCUUCUCAGAACUCUCAGUCACAAGAAUCCUCCCCGCCACAGUCUCAGAAGUUUUUGCCAUCUGUGCAGUCUCCUCCUUUUGCAUCCCCAGCUCAUUCACAGACGCUGCAGAACAACAGGCCUUCCUCAGAAACAAAAUCGUACGUAAAAAGGAAAUCUGACUCUAACUUGUAUGCUUCAUCAAAACAAGAGGAAGAAUUGUCAAUGCAGGAUAUGCAGGCAUUGCAACAGCAGGCUUCUCUUGAAUCUUCCACCCAAAGGCUAACUGAUGAUGAAAUCAAUGCUCAGGACGGAUCCUAUAGGGUCUCAAAAGCAGAUGACAGAUACUCUCAAAGUGUAAUCAGAAGUAACUCUCGUCUUGAAGAUCAAGUUGUUGGACUUACUCUUCAAGGAGCAAAAAAAGAUGAAAGAAUGGUUAAUACUGUGGAACAGCUUUCCCAGCAUAUUGGCCAUAUCACAAGCCUAAGCCAUGACAUUAAAAAAACAGCGAAUUUAAUGCAAACGACACAAGUAAAUGUGAGUCCUAAAGAACUAAACCAGCAACAUUCUCUUAUGCAUAAGGUACAUGAAAAUAAAGGUCAAGAACAGCAAGGCCAAGUCAUCAGCACACCACCGCAGGUUCAACCUCAUGCUUUAAGGCAUGGUCAUCAGCUGUGUUUGCCCAGUGCACAGGUACUUCUGGAGUCGACCUGUGACUUACAGAUUCUUCAUCAGUCAAUACUGCAGUCAGGUUUAGGACAAGCAAAGGCAUCACCACAAGUGCAAAGAAUACAGAGUCCUCAACAGGUGACACAUCCAUUCCUUCAGAUGGAUGGCCAUAUUAUCCAAAGUAAUGGAGGUCAUUCUCAGCAGCAGCUUCAUGCUCAGAACUCAGAAGUAAUGAAAAUGGACAUUUCCGAGCCCUCAAAACCACUACAGCAACAUUUGACAACAAAAGAUCAUUUUACUCAGACAAAUCAACAUGAUUCAAAAAAUCAGUUUGUUUCUCUUAGUUCAAUAUGUUUCCCAGAAUCUAUGCUUCUCAGUGAUGAGAGGAAUAUAUUAUCCAAUGUAGAUGAUAUCUUAGCAGCAACCGCGGCAGCCUGUGGAGUGACACCAUCUGACUUUGCCAAAUCAGCAUCUAAUGAAGAAGAAAUCCAGUCUGUUGAAAAUAGUGAGGAGUCUAAAACACAGUUCCGAUCAAUGGAUGUAAGACACGUGUCUUCUGUUUUCAGUGCCUCUCCAGUUGGAAAGCCAGCAAGCAUAAAUAAUAUUUCUGUGAAUGGAGGCCAAAUCACUAUAAAUCUGACACCGGUGUCAGCAAUACAGACAAAACCUGUGAACCUUGAUCAACAACACAUUGAAACUUCUGAUCAAAAUGUACCAACAAGAAUGACCUCUCCUGGUCAAGAGGGUCAAGAACAAGGUGCUGUUCCAGUUAAGAAACAGUCUAGCAUUAGCCACGAAUCUGAAGAAGAUAAUGAUGUUUCUGCUGAUGGUACACUAAAUGUAAAUGUAAGAGAGGCAGACUUUGUUUCUAGUGGUAAGAGUCUAAGUGAAGAAAGUGCUGCUUCAGAGAAUGAUUUUAAUAUAGGUGGUGGUGAUGAUGGUACAGUAGCAGGUAACCAGUCAAAGGUUAAUUCAUUGCAGCCACUACCUGUGCCCCCAAGUGGAGAUGGAGCUAUUAGUAGAACUGAAGAAGAAUGCCAAGAUUUAACUCUCGGGAACCUUCAGAAGAAGAAAAGCAAAGGAAAAAGCCAAAACAAAAAUGGUGCAGAAGAUGACAGUGCAAUUCAGAAACAGAUCAAAAGAAGUGGACACUGUAAACGUCAAAAUUCGAGAGGAAGUGACUCAUGUUUGAUGUACUCUUCUCCUGUUUCUGAAAGUUGUUACGAUACUUAUCAACAUCAGGAAAGAAUGAGGCAAAAAAUUAAAGAAGUUGAAGAAAAGCAGCCUGAAGUCAAAACAGGAUUUAUUGCAUCUUUUUUAGACUUUCUAAAGUCUGGGCCUAGGCAACAGUUUUCAGCUCCAGCUGUACGAAUGCCAAACAGGACUAGGCGACCAGUUACCCAAAUAGUUCGCGGCCCUUGCCUACAGUCCUCCACAAAGCCUCAGCCAGCAGCAGCACCUGUAGCCGCUGAGGUCAGUGCAGAAAGUCCAACCAAAAAAGCUGAUGAAGAACUUAAGAAAAAUUUAGAAACAUUGCCUUCAUUUUCUUCUGAUGAAGAUGAUUCUGUGGGGGGGAACCACGAUCUUCAGAAGAGCAUCUCUACUGCAUUGUCAGCCCUCGAUGAUACUUCCGACAGAAAGAACAAAUCAGAAGCUGAAAAAGUGGCGGUCGUUACUGCUGCUGCCACUACUGCUGUUAUAAAGCAGGAAUCACCACAGACAACAGCUCCUGUAGUCAGUAUGCAGGACAAAAUGAGUUCAGCUGACCCCUUAAAAGUAGCUCAACAGGAUGCUGGGACUUCAGACCAAUUAGCAAAAAUACAGUCAACUGUUGCAAUAGAAGGAGGUACCGAUGAGGAGAAUAUGGACAGUGGAGGAGAGGGCAUGUACAGAGAACGUGAUGAAUUUGUAGUGAAGAUUGAAGAUAUAGAGACACUAAAGGUUGCUUUGCAAACCGGAAAAGAGCCUCCAGCUAUUUGGAAAGUACAGAAGGCCUUAUUGCAAAAGUUUGUUCCUGAAGUGCGAGAUGGACAGAGGGAGUUUGCUGCUACGAACAGUUAUCUUGGGUAUUUCGGGGAUGCAAAAACAAAAUACAAACGAGUCUAUGUGAAGUUCAUUGAAAAUGCAAACAAGAAGGAAUAUGUCAGAGUAUGUUCAAAAAAACCACGAAGCAAGCCUGUACAGUCAGCAAGGACUAUUCAUUGCAAACCUAGUAGUAGCAACAACAAAACGCCUGAUCCACCAACACCAAAACCAACAGCAACAAAAGUCUCUUCUGUGAAACCCAAAGCUAAACAGCCAAAGGUAAAGGCUGAACCACCACCAAAGAAAAGGAAAAAGUGGAAAGAGGAGUUUUCAUCUUCUCAGUCUGAUUCUUCACCAGAAGCACAGAGUGAUGAGGAUGAGCUUGUACCUCCAGCUCCCUUUGUUACUCGCUUUUUGAACACAAGGGCUAUGAAAGAGACCUUUAAGAGCUAUAUGGAGUUGCUUGUUAGCAUUGCUUUGGAUCCAGACACAAUGCAAGCCUUGGAAAAAAGCAAUGAUGAGCUACUUUUGCCUCAUAUGAGAAAAAUUGAUGGCAUGCUGAAUGACAAUAGGAAAAGGCUGCUUUCCAAACUACGCUUGGAUCAUACUUUCAAGAAUGCUUUGGAAAACUUUCCUGAACUGACAGUCAUCACUCGGGAUUCAAAGACAAAAAGUGGAGGGACGUCAGUGUCUAAGAUCAAAAUGAAUGGUAAAGCGUAUAACAAGAAAACAUUGAGGGCUUCUAAAUCAACCACUAAAUUAGCACAGGAGUUUACAGUAGAUCCAGAAAAAAUACAGUUGUAUUCUUUGUAUCACUCACUCCAUCAUUACAAAUAUCACAUAUAUCUGACGUGUAAAGAAGAGAUUUCUUCUGUUCAGAAGAAGAGUGCGGAUCUAGGACAAGAAGAGAUUGUGCAGCUGUGCAUGAAAAAUAUAAAAUGGGUGGAGGAUCUUUUUGAAAAGUUUGGUGAACUUUUGAAUCGUGUCCAGCAGAAAUGCUCAUAACAAAAAUGUAUUCCAAAUCUCACAUUUUUCUACGGCACUAAUCUGAUGGAACAGAAAGCUCAGAGAGAGGCUCUGAUUUCUUUUAUAAUGCCAGACUGCGUUCUUCUUCGUAGGCAUUUUUAUUUCUCUUUAUGGAACUGUGCCUUGGCUCUUGCUAAGGAAAAGCGAUGCUGCCAAUGAAAUCGGUCCUUUGGAGGUGGAACUAAACAUAAACCUAACCAAGUUUUUAACCUGAAGAAUUAUUUUCUAUUUUGUAAACUAUUGGAUAACUUAGUUUUAUUUUCAGAAAUGUUUUUGACAAAUGAUAAAGCAUGCACUACAUAUACUUUUUUCUUUAUUGCUAAAAAGAUAACAACACUUAAAAUACUACAGGUUUUUCCAUCUCUGACUAAGCAACAGAAAAGUCAGUGUUGGGGUGAACUAAUUUUUACAUGCGCCUGUCUGGCCACCAAAUUUAGUUUUGUACAUUUUGUGAACAGAGCCGGAGUGACAUCAGUUUCUGCGAACAUAUAUUGCCAUCAUAAAAUCCAGAAAUGUCAAUAUGCUUUAUGGACUCCUUUUACUAUUGUCAUGUUCAGGAGACUGAACGUGGAGUUGGUGCAAUCCUAUGACUGCUUUUUUUGUGUCAAAUUAUAUUGUAAUGAAAGACAAUGACCUUAACUAUUUUCCCUGUUUUGAAGAAAAAAAAUAUUUUCCUUUAUACUGCGGUUUUGUUUUGUUUUUGUUGUUUUGGGGAAAAAAAUUCAAUUGUACAUUUUAUCUCACUAAUAGUUGUAUUUUUCACAGAGAAAAUAUUGUGGUUAAAAUUGUUUCAUGUAUCUUUGUAAUACACUUUCCAUUGUUUUCAGUAAAUCUUAUUCAUUUAUAUGUUGAUUUCUUAUUGUAAACUAUAUAUCUUGAGGUAACCCUUUUGUUUAUACAGGUUUGCUUCAGUGUUAACCAGAAUAAUGCAUACUAGACUAGUUUUGCUUUAAGUGUAGUUGUGUUAGACACUGCAAGUAUUUUCUGAUACGUGAAAAUAAAUUUCUUACUAAACUAGCA